AUGCCGUUCCGUCAGGUACUCCAAACCAUAAGCGGUCUUUCUGUCUCUGCAGAAAAAUGUGCACCAUCGAAUGAAGCUCGGAACGAAAUUACCAGACUCGAGAGUGCAGCUGGACCAUCAACUCCGAGUGCUACGCAGGAGGAGGAAAACGUAGCCGAUCCCAAGCCCUUGCGUCCACUCACGUCCUUAAACUGGCCUUACGUCCCCGAGGAAUCUGCCUAUCCCGAUCCACUAAAACGCGAUGAUCCCAAACCACUUCAGUUGCCUCAAUACGAAGCAAUAGCUACGUCGUCGCAAAUCCGCAAGCUACUCAUAGAACACCCUAACUUAAAGGAACAGCUAAUCGCUAUCGACAAACACCGCGGCCCGGAUCGCGAGUACGCUUUACAACGUGCACUAGGAGUAACACGGACAGAUAUCGAGAGACAACAGGGGCCUGAGGUGCAACUCCCAGAAGACGUAGUAGCUCUCCGUGCACUAGCAGAAGCAGUCGAAGUAGCGGUCAGGGGAGGAAAGCAAGACGCUCUCGGACUCGACUGGGACAACGAGUGA